AUGCGCAGCAGCCCCACCAGGCUCUGCUGUACCCUUUUGCUGCCAAACUGUACCCUUUUGAGGGGCCCCCGCGCCCCCAUGCCGCCCAAGUCCGGCCCCAACUCUUUCCUUACGGGGGCCCCCCUGGGGGCCCCCCAGGGGGGCCCCCAGGGGCCCUUCCAUGCAUCUGAAAGGGCCCCCCGCGGGCCUUCGCGCAGCCAGUACCCUUUUUACCCCCAUCCCUGGGCCUCAGUGCCCCCCGGGGGGCCCCCCGGGGGGCCCCCCGGGGGGCCCCCAGGGGCCCCCUACGGCGGGGAGCGCUCCAAAGCCUCGAGGGCCUCAGGGGGCCCCCCAGGAGGGCCCCCGGGGGGCCCCUCCAGGGGGCCUCUCCCGGGGGGGCCCCCCAAGGGGGCCCCCUUCUUGGGGGGCCCCCUGGGGGCCCCCAAGAAGGGGGCCCCUCUCCCGCUGCCUCUUGCUGCUCCCGUAGCAGCAGACAUGCAGUGGUGCUGCUCUGAAGACUGGCUGCUGGGGGCCCCCCUGGGGCCCCCUGUGGGGGCCCCCCUGGGGGCCCCCUGGGGGGCCCCCCUGGGGGCCCCCCUGGGGACCCCCCUAGGGGGGCCCCUGGGGCCCCCCUUGGGGGCCCCUGCAGGGUACGGAGGGUACGGGCCAGAGACCCAGCAGCUGUUUUGGCUGCCGGGGGGCCCCCCGGGGGCCCUGUGGGGUUUUAUGCCGCAGCGCAUGCAGUGGCUGUGGGGCCCCGGGCUGUCGACAGAAGCUGCUGCUGCUGCUGCUGCUGCUGCUGCUGCUGCUGCGGGGAAGAGGAUGGGAGCUGCUGCGUUUCACUCGAGAACAGGUGCGGAGGGAGACGCAGCAGCAGCAGAAACAGCAGCAGCAGCAGCAGCAGCAGCAGCAGGAAGGCCCAAACGCAAGCAGCACAUGUUCGCGCAGCGCCGCCCUUCCGAAACCACGCAGCAGCAGCAGCAGCAGCAGCAGCUGCAGCAGCGGCAGCAGCAGGAGCCUGGGGCCCACGAGGUGCCGCAGAUGCAGGCUGAGGCGCAGCAGGAGCAGCAGGAGCGGCAGCUGCUGCUGCUGCUGGAGCAGCAGCGGCACCACCUGUGGGCGCAGCAGCAGCAGCUGCUGCUGCACCAGCAGCAGCAGCUGCUGCUGGCGAGCGUGACGUACCAGCAGCAGCAGCGGCUGCAGCAGCGGCUGCAGCAGGACGCUCCCUCGCAGCACAUGCACCUGAAGCAGCAGCAGCAGCAGCAGCAGCAGCAGCAGCAGCAGCGCAGCCGCUGCAGCGCAGAAGACACAGCAAAGGCAGCAACCCGCCGGUGGCUCCCUGUGGGGUCUGGGGGCCCCUCAAAGCCCCCGCUGCUGCGGCGGGGGGCCCCCCCUGCUGCUGCUGCUGCUGCUGCUGCUGCUGCUGCUGCUGGCCACUGGAGGAUUAUGUCUUUCAAUAUACUUGCAGAAAGCUUAGUAGACGAGAAGUACAGCAAACAGGUCCGUUGCUGCUGCUGCGCUGCUGCUGCUGCUAUGCUGCUGCUGCUGCUGCUAUGCUGCUGCUGCUGCUGUCCUGCUGCUACUGCUGUUCUGCUGCCGCUGCUGGGCUGCUGCUGCUGCUGUGCUGCUGCUGCUCCGCUUGUGCCUCCUACAACAACUGCAUGCACCUCGCUGCUGCUGCUGCUGCUGCUGCUGCUGUGCUGCUGCUGCUCCGCUUGUGCCUCCUACGAGGACUGCAUACACCUCGCUGCUGCUGCUGCUGCUGCUGCUGCUGCUGCUGCUGCAGGACCCGCAGCUGCUGGCGUGGAACCGCCGCGGCGCUGCAGUGCUGAAGGAGUUGCUGCUGCACCUUCCUGCUGUCAUUUGUUUGCAAGAAGUUGA